AUGAAAUUGGAUUGUUAUUUAUCAUGCGCCAGAAAGGGGGCAAAAUACGUCGUCUAUUUCUUGAAUGCUACCUGCCAAUGCUUUAACAAAACGGCAUCCGGACCCUCGAAGGGCUAUGAAAAUAUCACGGCUUCGUUGCUGAGCUGCCAGGCCGCGGCUCUGAUUUCCGAUUUUGAAGUAGAUAUCACAAGCUAUUUAAACCUUGUACACAGUACAAGUACAAAGUCAACUGCUCCGACGACUACUACGGCCUGCCCUUCCACCUGGACCGAAUGGGUCGAAAUCACGCCCUGCACGGCUAGCUGCGGAAUGUACGGCACGCUGCGACGCAACAGAAGCUGCAUACUCGCAGAAAGUGGAUGUCAAUGCAGCGGCUCUGGUGAAGGUGCCAUUGCGUGUCCAGACCCGCAUUGUACUUUCCCGGUCGAGAAAUGCGCCGAUGGCAAUUUUUCCGCUGAACCUAAUGGUAUUGCACUAAACGAGGAUUGCUAUGACACUUGUGCGGCCCGCCAUGCAAACUACGUGGUAUAUUUCUUAAAUGCCACAUGCCAAUGCUUCAACAGGACGACGAUCACUAACUCUAAAAACUUGCCGUAUAUAACGGACUCCUCAAUGAGCUGCGAGAAUGCAUCACAAAUUGAGGGGUUCAAAAAUGAUUUGACAAAUUUCCUAAAGACGAAGUUUACAAGCCGUGCCACAACCCGCCAAACGACAUCAAUGACCCUUCCAGCCCUGCGUUUCUUACUGGACGGAAUGGGUGGAGACUACAGGCUGCUCUGCGACCUGUGGAAUGUAUGGGGAUCUCGAGAGGAGAAGAUCGAUUGCCCGAUCGACAUAUGCAUGGGGACGGCUAAAUCUGCUUGCAAUCCUGCAGGAUAUGCCAAGCAAAUUCGCACCGAUGCACCGGGAUUUACACUGCCGGUCACCUCUGAUAACAGCGCGGAUUCAACAAUUCCGGACGAGCUUGAGGAGGAGCUCGAGCUACUCGACGUU